CGAAAUUGACUACACUCCCCUGGACUGGGUAGGGCCUUGCCUCAGAGGAGAAUUUGGGCACAUUUGAUUACGUUACCGCUUUCUUUAUCACUGUUGUGGGUCCACAUCACUAUUCCUAACCAUGGCAGACGAAGAAUUAGAAGCAAUUAGGCGUCAACGAAUGUCGGAACUACAGGCAAAGCAAGGGGAUGCCUCAAAUAAUCAGCAACAAGGAGAGGAGGCCAAACAAAGAGAAACGGACAUGAGGAACACUAUAUUGGCUCAGGUUUUGGACCAGUCUGCCCGUGCCAGAUUGAACAAUCUUGCUUUAGUGAAGCCGGAUAAGGCCAAUGCAGUGGAAAAUUAUCUCAUUCAAAUGGCUCGUUUUGGAAAGUUGGGAGGAAAGAUUUCAGAGUCGGGCUUGAUCGAGAUUCUAGAAAAAGUCUGUCAGCAAACCGAGAAGAAGAUGACUGUGACAUUCAACAGGCGGAAGGUGAUGGACUCAGAUGAUGAGGAUGAUGACUAACUUUAAACUGGAGGAACAGGCCAAAAAACAGGAGAGGAUCUGCUUUACUCGGACUCUGAUACUGUCUUUGACCUGUUAGUAGAACCUGGGAUUCCACACUAUCUGAUGUGUGUCUCUGGAACGACAUUACCAAGAGGAAAGAACAAAGUGGAGUUAAAUUUUGACAUAACUGGUAGGCAGUAUAAUACACACAGUGUCGAAGAAGGGGCUCUUUUGCGAUCUCUUUUCAAACAAGUAGCUACAAAUUUGCUCUGGCUGUGUUGUACCCAUAACAGCUGAUGGCACUGUUUUACUCCUCUAGUCCUUCUCAGUAGUUACUCUUUUUUUUGUCACCAUGUUUAACUGUUCUGUUCAAUCACAAGAAGCUAUACAAAGUGCACUGCUGUUGGUGCAUUUGAUCUAGACUGUUUUGUUAAUAAACACAUUGCUCUUUAUUCAGGCCAACAUUUGUAUGUUGCACUUGGAUGUUUUCUUUUUGCUGAGAUGUAUGUUAAAGGUUUACAUAAAACAAUUAAAAAAG